AGUUGUCUAAAACUUUAUCAAUCACUUCAUGUGAAUCGCCAUCACUUCGUGUCGAGACAAUUGUCUUCGGCGGCCACCGCUGGUCAGACGGCCGCCAUCGCCGCCAUCACUACAACAGCCGCAGAUAAUACGGAACCAAUUGGUGACCGUAUUACCAGACAAUACGUGCCGAUGACAGCCGACACCUUCAUCCGCGCCAAAGACCCGGUGACCAGACGUCAGAUUGAGAUGAUUUUGCGUGAAUACGAGUGGACAAAGGGUCUGACGGGUCGAGUGCCCACACAUCUCACCGACGAGCAAAUGGAUGAGUUGUUGCCGAUGUCGGAGACCAGUCAUCGGCAGCAAUACCUCAAGUUCUUGUACACGAAGGAGGGCUACAAACUGAAGGGAUUGGUCCGCAAACGUGUGUCGGCCGCGCGCUCUGAGGCGGCCAAAGGACAGCCAUCGUUACGGCCGCGACCAGUGCUGGGCGUAUGGCAUGAGUCACGGCCCGCAGAACUGGUCUACGGCUAUAACCGGAACUCUUUGUCUCAACGCAUCAAGACAUCUGUGGUUAAGCGGCUCUACAAUCAUCGGCUCAAGACUGCGGCCCUCUUCGGCCAGAAAGUGGUGAUUGAUUUGGAUUUUGAUAAAUACAUGUCACGCGUGGAAUCGCGACAACUCUUAAAGCAAUUGCAGUUUCUCUACAAUUACAACAAAUACGAGUCCGGAGGCGAACCCUUUGAUCUCCAUUUCGUCAACUGUACCGCCGAUGGGAUACUCAUGAAAGACAUUACUCUAUACAUACCGAACGCGUUGUCCGACUCGUACAUCACUUUCCACUAUAACAAGUCGUAUACCGAUGUCUUCCCCAGAGAACAGUUGGUGUAUUUGAGUCCACACUCAGACACGACGCUGGAUGUGGUCAGUGAUGAUGACAUCUAUAUCAUCGGCGGUUUAAUAGACAAGUCAUAUACGGCUCCCAUUUCGGCGAUUAAAGCGCGUGAAGACGGGAUCCGAUCGGCGCGACUGCCCAUCAGGGGUAACCUGGAGUGGAGGCGCGGCUCUCAGCACCUGUGCAUCAAUCAAGUGCUGGCCAUUCUUCGCGAGUGGCAACUGACCAGAGACUGGCCCGAGAGUCUCAGACGCCAUAUACCGAUCCGGAAGUGGAUGUCCGACGAAGACUAUGACCACAUGAAAGAUGACAUUAUCGAUAGAUAUAAUCCCUUAAAAUACAAAUUCAAUGCUUGGACAAUUAUUACCGCAGAAGACAAACAACUCUUCAAUCAUUUGAUCCAAACGUUAAGUCAAUUCACGGACAAGACAUCACUCGAAGAGGAGAUCCAAAGAAGUAAUGAAAUUGUUGUCAAACCUGUUGUCGAGAAUACAAAUAAAAUAAAGAGUCCAUCAGUUGUGCGAAGAAGUGAUGAAACGAUUACCACUUUUUGUGAAGAAAAGACAAUCAAAACAAGUAAAACAAUAAUUGAGACAAACGUUAGAAGAAGUGGAAGAACUGAUCGCAAAGUAUACACAUGUGUACUGAAGACACAGAGAGAUCCAAAUCAUGUCCCAAAACCCAAACCUGAGCGCAAAGUGUAUGCAAUACCUGAUCCCGAAUCGGAUCCCAAUUCACUCCUAUUAUUACGAAGAGAUAAUUACGACCUGAAGACUCAGCAGUUUAUGUGUCCUAACCCUCAUUGCCGUAAAGGAUACAGAAGUGCAAUGAGAUUAUAUAAACACUUCCAUACCGUCCAUCACAUGAAGAAGAAAAUCGUUUGUCAAAAAUUAAAUUGUGGUAAAAGUUUUAAGACAACGCAAGAACUUAAAAGCCAUGAAAACAAUGUUCACAGCGAUUACCGUCCCUUUGAGUGCUCGCAAAAGGGCUGCGAUUUUAAGUUUAAAACUGAAGCCCAACUGAACUCACAUUCAGUCAUUCAUUCAGACAUUUAUGCCUUCAAAUGCAAUGAAUGCGAGAAAACAUUCAAAACUCAAUACAAUCUUAACAUUCAUUUGCGGAUCCAUUCAAAAGAAGACACCUUUCGGUGUCGUUACGAGGGAUGCAAUCAAUGGUUCAAAUCUGCUCUAAGACUCAUUAAACACAAGAUAUGUGUUCACAACGCGCGGCAGAAGUGGUAUCCAUGCGAAUGGCCCGCAUGUGGCUAUCGGACUAAGAGCUCAUCUAGUCUUAAAAAUCACCGCCGCAUACAUACGGGUGAGCGACCGUUUGAGUGCCGGUGGCCGGCGUGUGAUAAACGGUUUGCUAUGUUUCAAACGCGCAAAGAUCACGAGCGGAUCCAUUCAAAUACGAAAAACUAUGUGUGUCAUUGGCCCGGAUGUGGCUAUCGGUGCGUUCAGACCUCUAAUCUUAAGAAACAUAUGAAAACAAUUAUUACCGCAGAAGACAAACAACUCUUCAAUCAUUUGAUCCAAACAUUGAGUCAAUUCACGGACAAGACAUCACUCGUAGAGGAGAUCUCAAGAAGUGAUGAAAUUGUUGUCAAACCUGUUGUCGAGAAUACAAUUGGAAUAAAGAGUCCAUCAGUUGUGCGAAGAAAUGAUGAAACGAUUACCACUUCUUCUGAGGAAAAGACAAUCAAAACAAAUGAAACAACAAUUGAGACAAAUGUUAGAAGAAGUGGAAGAACUGAUCGCAAAGUCUACACAUGUGUACUGAAGACAACUAAAGAUCCAAAUCAUGUCCCGAAACCUAAACCGGAGCCCAAAACACAGCAGUUUAUGUGUCCUAACCCUCACUGCCGUAAAGGAUACAGAAAUGCUAUGAGAUUAUACAAACACUUCCAUAACGUCCAUCACAUGAAGAAGACAUUCAUUUGUCACGAAUUAAAUUGUGGUAAAAGUUUUAAGACAAAGAAAGAGCUUCAAAGCCAUGAAAACAAUAUUCACGAAAACAGCGAUUACCGACCCUUUGAGUGCCCGGAAAAGGGCUGCGAUUUUAAGUGUAAAACUGAAUCAAUACUUAAUUCCCAUUCAGUUAUUCAUUCAGACAUCCAUUCAUUCAAAUGCAAUGAAUGCGAGAAAACAUUCAAAACUCAAUACAGACUUAACUUUCAUCUAAAACUUCACGGAAAUGAAGACAACUUUAAA